CAAUGGAUUGGCCCCAACAAAGAUGUAGUAGGUGUUGGGAGAAGACAUCUCACCUGAAAUGGAGGUGAUUGAAGGAACUGAACACUGACUGCACCAACAUGGGGCUGCGACUGCUGGCUUGUGUUUUCCAUUUGCCCACUGCAGUGAUCUACGGGUCUCUGUCGCUCUUUGUUUCCAUUUUGCACAACGUGUUCCUCCUGUACUAUGUGGACACCUUUGUCUCUGUCUACAAGAUUGAUAAACUGUCCUUUUGGAUAGGAGAGACAGUGUUUCUGAUCUGGAACAGCCUCAAUGACCCUUUGUUUGGCUGGAUGAGUGACCGAGUGUUCCUUAGCACACAGCAGGCAGGAGCAGAGAUUUCCUCCCCUGAAGUAGUUCUGAAGAGGCUCAGAGCACUAAGCCACAAUGGCCCCCUCUUUGCCAUUUCUUUCCUGGCUUUCUGGGUUGCCUGGGCUCAUCCUGGUUUGCAGUUUCUCCUUUGCCUUUGCAUGUAUGACAGCUUUCUCACUAUGGUUGACCUUCAUCACAACGCCUUGCUUGCAGACCUGGCUGUUUCAGCGAAAGACAGGACUAGCCUCAACUUCUACUGCUCCCUCUUCAGUGCCAUAGGCUCCCUGUCUGUCUUCAUGUCCUAUGCAGUAUGGAACAAGGAGGACUUCUUUUCAUUUCGCAUAUUUUGUGUCUUGCUGGCCCUCUGCUCCAUUGUUGGUUUCACCCUGUCCACACAGCUGCUCCGCCAGCGGUUUCAGGCUGAUGGAAAAGAACCUAUGUGUAAUGGCUUGGUUGUUUCUUUUAGGCUGUACAUUGAGAAACUCUCCGUCCCCCAGGAGAAGAGGAUCACCCUGGCAGAAUAUCUCCAGCAGCUCUCCCGGCAUCGCAACUUCCUCUGGUUUGUCUGCAUGAAUCUUGUCCAGGUUUUUCACUGCCAUUUUAACAGCAACUUCUUCCCUCUGUUCCUGGAGCACCUGCUGUCAGACCAGAUCUCUGUCUCUACUGGAUCCUUCCUGCUUGGUGUUUCCUACAUUGCCCCCCAUCUCAAUAAUCUCUACUUCCUGUCACUCUGCCGCCGCUGUGGGGUUUAUGCUGUAGUGCGAGGACUCUUCUUCCUGAAGCUGGCUCUGAGUGUUGUCAUGCUCCUGGCAGGACCUGAUCAGGUGUAUCUGCUCUGCAUCUUCAUUGCCAGCAACCGUGUGUUCACAGAAGGGACCUGUAAGUUACUCAACCUGGUGGUCACUGACUUGGUGGAUGAGGACCUAGUCCUGAACCGUAGGAAGCAGGCAGCCUCAGCCCUGCUCUUUGGGAUGGUGGCUCUGGUCACCAAGCCAGGCCAGACCUUCGCCCCUCUGAUUGGCACCUGGCUGCUCUGUGCAUACACAGGCUACGACAUCUUCCAGCGCAACCCCCUGAGCAAUGUGGUGAGUGCCCAGCCGAAGCCGGAGUCUGCCACAGCCUUGGAGCCAACUCUUCGCCAGGGCUGCUUUUACCUUCUGGUCUUUGUGCCCAUCACGUGUGCCCUGCUGCAGCUCCUCAGCUGGUCACAAUUCAGCCUGCAUGGGAAGCGGCUGCAGGCAGUGAAGGCUCAGCGGCAGAGCCUGACACAAGGCCAAGCAGCAGAGGUCAAAACAAUCUAAGGGUGCCUGAGCCCCCAGGAUGCUGCUGGUUCCAGGCUGGUGCUGGAGGGCAGGCAAAGGGCAGGGAUGGUGGACUGAGAGAGCCUGAUGUUCAUGGUUCAGCUGUGAAAUGCUGUGAUGCCAAUGUUUACUCAUUCCAGGUGGUGGUCACUGGGGAAGGCAGAGAGGUUCAGCAUGUGAGGCACCUGAGAUAGAUCACUUGAUCUCAGGAACAAGAACAUUUUAUCCCAGUCUGUCCCAGGGAGCAGAGAGUUGAUAAUUCCAGUGAAGAGGUGCUGGGUUACAGGUGCUAGAAACAGAUGCAUCCCCAGUGCACUUCUGAGCACUGGGCAUAGCUCUGGGGAGCCACAGCUGGCCCAGCUGAGCAAGAGAAGACUGCACAGGGAGUCCUUCCUCACUAGAGUUGCAGUCUUGGCGAGUGGAGUGGGAGGCUCCUGAAGGACCAAGUGACUGAGGGAAUGAUUGCCAAACAGGGCCAGGGAUGAGAGAACCUUGAAGGUCUUUCCCAGUAACUGGUAAUACCCUCCCACUUGCAGUGCUGUGGUUCUUGGACCAAAUCCACUCUUAAGCAUUUGUUGUU